AUGGCUGUUCCAACACCCUCUCUUCGGAAUAUGAAAAGUAAAUUAUUUACAAUACGAUCGUUUUAUAUUUUGGUUUUGGCUAUAUCGGUGGUAUCCGUGGUCGUUUUUAUUAGUUCAUAUAGGGGAGACUCAUCAGCAAACAACAUUAACCAGGAAGAAGGGUUACUUCAUGGACAUGGUGAUAAACAACCACAUGAAAAUGUAUUAACACAUUCGGGUGGAUCCAAGAGUUCUUUUGCUUUGCCAUCGGAUUUAAAGAAAGGAUUUCCUUCUUCGGAGCAAUCUGAACAGAAAGUAGUUGAAGAACAAAAGAAACCAGAAAUUAAGGAAUUAACGAUUUGGUCUACAAGCUUUCAUAUUUCUCCAAUUUUUUGUUUGAGACAUUUCAUGAAAAACGUUUUUGAAAAGAGGACAGGAAUUAAGGUAAACAUUAUUGAAAAAUCACUCAGUGGACAUUGCCACUUAACGGGACAUUGUGCUCGAGAUUUGAGAGUUUUAAACCAUGAUACUGCCAAAGGUGAAUAUGGAUGUACUGUUCCAACAGCUAAAGCUUUGUACGAAACUUACAAGUCAGAUCCAGUUUUCAAAAACGUAGACCUCGUCAUGUGCGAUCACAACAUUGCCAUGUGUGAAUUGUACAUGCCGUUUGAUGUUCCAAUGGUUCUCUACUCUACGACAAGAUAUGAACUCUGGAGACAUGAUCCCAAUAGAUGGAGAAAUUUGAAUGAAAAUAUCAAGUUGAUUGCAAGUAAGAAACAACACACAGUUGUUGCAAACAAUUUGUAUGAUGCAAAAUAUUUGAACUACUUUACUGGAAUGUAUGUUCCAGUACUGGACAGUUUUUGUGGUUAUUCAGCAGAUGAGGGAACAUACAAUCCAACAAGGUCUGAAAUUUUGAUAGGCCCAUCAAGACUCUCGGUGAACCUUAAUACUCUUGUAUUGAAUGACUUUUACGGAUAUGCUAAAAAAGAUCAGUCCUCUCUCAAGUUGUCAACUAUUCGUGAACUCUAUCCUCAUUAUAAGUACUCUGAUUUGGCUCAUCAUCCAGCCAUUGUAGUCAUUCCUUAUCAAUUAUCCGUGAUGAGCUUUUUCGAGUAUUACAGGUUAGCCAUUCCAAUCUAUUAUCCAAGUGUUGACUUAUUGACACAAUGGCACAUGCAACAUCGAAUAUUAUCUGAGAAAACAUGGCACAUGGUUCUUCAAAGAAGACCUGGACGAGGAUCUCCCGUUGAACAUCAUCCAAAAUCAAACAUUCCAAAAGAAAUGGAUCCAAACAACGAAGAAAAUGCUGACAGUGUCAAAUAUUGGAACGAAUUUAGCGAUCUCUAUCAAUGGCCUCAUGUCAUUUACUUUUCUUCCAUUGAAGAUUUAUAUCAAAAACUUUCUAAAGCCACUCCAGAUUACUAUAAAGAAGUUAGUAAGAAAAUGCAAGAAUAUAAUCAGCAAUUACAGGAUCAUCUCGUCAAACAAUGGACUGGAAUUGUGGAACGAGUGGCAGAUCACAAACAACAAGGAAGAAAAACGUUUUCUAGCUUUGAAGAGGCAAUGAAAACAUUGUGGAAUAAGGAAUCUAAGUGUGAUAUUUAA